AUUCUAAUUUUUUUUUUCCUUGUUUUUUCCUAUCCUUUUCACGAUUAAAUAUAAGAUGAACCUUAUAUACUGACAUAUAUAAUCGCAACUCUUUUAGUAUAUAUACGCAUAUUCAAUAUAAGCUAUAAUUGAGCACGAUAAAGAAUAUAGUUUUAGAAAAAGAAGAAAAAAAUGAAGGUUGAAGUAACCUCAAAAGAUAUUAUCAAACCUUCUUCUCCAACCCCUGACCACCUGCGCCUCUAUCAACUCUCAUUCCUUGACCAAAUAUCACCCAGAGCUUACAGUCCUUUCAUCUAUUACUACUCACUAAACGACAUCAAUAAUGACUCCAACGACAACAAUUAUAUCAUCUCUAACAUAUCCGAAAAGCUCAAGAAAUCUUUGUCCAAAACCCUAACUCUUUACUACCCACUUGCAGGAAGAUUCACCAAAGACUUCUGCGUCGACUGCCACGACGAGGGAGCACUCGUCUUCGAAGCUCGAGUACUAAAGACGCAACUCUCGGACGUUCUUAACAACCCUAUUCCUGUUGAACUCAAUGAUCUUCUUCCAUUUCCCCUAGACGAAUGCGCAGAGCUACCUUUUGGUGUCCAACUCAACAUCUUUCCUUGUGGCGGAAUCGCCAUUGGCGUCUGCAUUUCGCAUAGAAUCGCAGACGCUUUAUCUUGCUUAGAGUUUACAAAAAGCUGGAUGGCCAUUUCUCGUGGUGAAGAGAAUAAGGUAAUAAAACCUACGUUCAUCUCUUCAUCACUUUUCCCACCUAAGAAUAUUGGUAAUUACGAUCCAACUUUUGCUCUACCAAAGAAGAACACAAACUUAGCAAAGUUUUUCGCGUUCGAUGCUCUUAAGGUGGAGGCACUCAGAGCCAAAUACGAGGAAAAAUCAAAGUGUCCGCCGCGACGGAUUACUCGUAUCGAGGCCUUAUCUGCUUUCUUAUAUAGCCGUUAUGUGGCGGUUACAGGCAUAGAUGUUAAAAGCGAAUUAUUAACUAUCUAUCACCCUGUGAAUAUUCGUUCCAAGUUUGAUAAGCCAUUGCCCGAAAACUCAUUCGGCAACUACUAUUUUGCUAAUGUUACAUCACUUUCGUCCAUCAAUUACAAUACUAAGGAAGAUAAUAAUAAUGAGAAGGGUUACGAGGUGGCGAGGCUGAUAGGUGAUGAGUUAAGAAAGAUUGAUAAAAAGUUAGUAAAUGAUCUUCAAAGAGUUGAGAAAUCAGAUGAGUACUUUGAAUCUCUUAUGAUGGCUAUUGAGAGAUCCCUUAAAGGAGAAGGGGUUGCUCUUGCCUUUAGUAGUUUGUGUAGGUUUCCUCUUUAUGAUGCUGACUUUGGAUAUGGUGAGCCUAUUUGGGUAAGUUCGGCUGAUAGGUGUUAUGGUAAUAUAUUUGGAUUUUUAGAUAACAAAAAAUGUGACAAAAUAGAGGCCUAUGCUUGCUUUAGUCCACAUGAAAUGGCCAAAUUGGAAGUUGAUAAAGAGUUCCUCUCUCUUUUGUCAACUUAGAAUAUGAUUAUCAUGUCAUGUGUACUUUAAUUAACUAUGUAUGAGAAUUGUUUGUUUUAAACCCUUUGUGUCAUUAUUUUUAUAA